AUGGCCAGUGGUAGGAAUCCCGAGAACAAGAACACGGACGGACGGAGUUGCUCCAUGGCGCCGAGGCAGGGGAGGAAGCGGCCAUCGUCCAUGACGUCCCGGUGCUCGAGCGAGGACGGCAUCCUAGAUCUGGGAGGCAGAGACGACGAACUAAUGAAGUUAGGAAUGGCUGUGAGGAGGAGAUGGAGUAGAUGGACGCACCUGAGUCGUCGGAGCCACGCCGACCGAAACCCUAGCGACGGGAGCCGGUCGCGGUUGGCACUGGAGGACGCGCGUGACGGAUCUCGACGGGGAACGCCAGCCUCCCCAAGUCGUGCCUGCUCGAUCCGGAGGGAGGGAGUGGGGGCGGGGCCGGCGACGCCUGCUUGA